GAUUGGGUCCAGAUGUUUUACACUACAACAGAUCUUGCAUCAAAGUCCUUCUCAGGCUUCCUGGACCCUUCAGGGAGGCAGCAGGUAGGAAGGAAACACCGGUGUCCGAAGAGAAACACCUACAAAAGGAAAGAGAUACCCAAGUAAAGAUCAUGGAGAAUACCGUCACCAACGCAGAGCAAUAUUUUGGCAAGUUCUGCAGUCUGAUGGCCUCUUAUACCCGCAAGACUGCAAAGCUCCGAGACAAGGCUGACCUGCUGGUCAAGCAGCUCAUGGACUAUGCAAACACAGAGAACCCUGAGCUGAGAACCACCGUGAAGAACUUUGCAGAGGAGCUCGCCAAAGUGCAGGACUACAGGCAGGCAGAGGUGGAGAGGCUGGAGAUGAAGGUUGUUGAGCCACUGAAAGUGUAUGGCGUGCUCAUCAAACAAACCAGGGCCGAGAUCAAGAAGUUCAACGCUGCCCGCAACAAGGAAAUAAAGCAGCUCGAGAAGCUGGAGAAGAUCCGACAGAAAUCGCCAUCUGACCGACACAUGAUUUCACAGGCUGAAUCUCAAGCACAUAGGGCCUCGGUCGACGCAAGCCGAAGCACCCAACAGCUGGAAGAGACCAUAGAUGAGUUUCAGAAGCAGAAGUUAAAAGAUAUCCAGAAGAUCUUCCUAGAUUUUGUCACCGUCGAGAUGGUUUUCCACGCAAAAGCUCUGGAGGUGUAUUCCAACGCAUUCCAAAAUCUUGAAAGCUACAACAUGGAGAAAGACCUAGAGGAUUUCAGAGCAAAAAUAAACAUUGCUUCUUCUGGGACUUUGCAUGGGACAAAGCCAGUCAGUUCAACACAACCCUCUUCUACUCUCUCAUGGUCCACAGGCGCACAGAGCGUCCAAAGCACUCUGCAGAAGCUGACACUAGUAGAGAGCGAUGAAGAGUCUGAAGAGAGCCAGCUGCAAGAUGUAAGCCAUGCCAAAUACCCCCAGAUUCGGCAAGUAGCCAGCAGGACUACAUGACAGCAGCUGCCUUGAUGCAUGGAGCUGGGUUGUAUUUGUCUCUCUUUUCCACAACUGAACUUGACACUUCCACUCCAGAUCAACCCAAACCUUCCCUCCCACCCUCUUGAGAUUUGCAAUAAACUAAA